AUGGCGCUGGCAGCAACAUGGAUCCCUCAGCGCCAGUUCCGCUCUCCCUAUGUGAACCUUCGUACUAGUCCUGUUAGCUGCGGUGCGACGCCGACGCCGACCUUCCUGCGCAGGGCACGGCUGUCCACGCCCUCCUUGCUCUCCCAGAACGCCAUCCAGUAUCGCUGGAUACGCGCGAAGGAUCGGCAGCAGCAGGCCCGCAACGCCGAGGAGACCGGUACGGAGGGUGACGAGUCGAACACCAAGACGGAGGGUGGGGACGAGGACGGCGAUCAACAGACUGGCUCCUCCGCGAAGGGCAGCAAGAACAAGAAGAACGCCAAGGGCCAAGCCAGGAAGAAGAGCUUCAUGGAUCAUGUUCGCGGCCUGCGCGACGACUACGCCAACUUCCCGCACAUCUAUAACAGCGUCAACGCCAUGAACUUCGUCAUCUUCACCGUCUUUUGCCUCUGCAGCACCGGUAGUAACACGGAGGAGCGCUGGUGGUUGGAGAAGUGGGGGGUCGACAACAACGUUCGCCCGUGGACGUGGCUGCUGCACUCGUUCUUGACGAAUAACUUCCUUGCCAUGACGUAUGCGAUGAUGUUGCUGCACACCAUGUGCCACCACGUCAUGCCUACACUGGGCUCCCGCGGACUGAUGAUGUACUGCGGUGGCACCGCCGUCCUCUCGGGCGCGAUUAUGUGGCUGAGCAACUACCUCUACUAUGGCAGCACGGCCGCCCCGGAGAAGCAGUUCGGUCCGUGGGACGUGAUUGCCGCGUUGUUUGUAAUGGAGUACCUUUACUACGGUCUGACGCCCAUGAGCAUCUUGAGCAGCUUCAGCGGCUGGAUCAAGUACGCGUGCUGGGUGGGUGGGGUGUGCAUCUUGUACUUCGACUGGCAGCCAACGCUCAUCGGCACGCUGGUCGGGGUGGGCCUUUGCAAGGGUGUGCCGCGCUUGAAGGCGGUGAGGCCGACGACGAAGGCGGUGUAA